AUUAAAAAUGUUGGAAUAUAAAAGAUAGACGCAAUUAUAAACUGCACAUUAUAUUAGCUAAUUCAUUGAAGUCGACUUCUUUAAUAUCUUACCAAAUAAAUUAAUUUUAUUUUUUAUACAAUCGUGUAGUCAUCGAUUUUUGAACGAAGGCCUUUAUUUUAUGUUGGUAAUUCUGACAUUACACAUUUACGCUCGUGAUUGGAUAUCACAAGCGGUUGACGACUUGGAUUUUGGAAAUUGGUUAUUGGAAGCCGACGAAAUGAUCACAUUGAAUUAAACCAGAAAAUAUGUAACUAUUUGUAAAAAGCGAAGUGAUGUAAAAUGGUUAAAUAGAGGAAUAAAAAUCUAGUGUCUGCAAACAUCUAUCAUGCUGUCAAAAAUACUUCGCCAGUUCCUAUUUAUUCUGAUACACUUUGUUGUGAAGAUACUUGUUGCAGUUCAGAAUAUUUAUUACCAAUUUUGUGAAACACGCAUUUUACCUGAUAAACAUGUGACGAAGAGAGAUGUUCUAACAUUAUUAGAUAGUGUGCCAAAGUUGAAGAAGAAACUGAAGCAUUUAGUGGUAUUGGUAGACACUAGUGUACAUUCUAUGAGUGAUCUUGCACUUCUGGUUAUCUGGAGUCUUAUAGUGGGAGUUCCUUUCGUCAGUUUUCAUGAUUUAACAGGCCAAUUAAAAAAACAUGAAGAGGACUUAUUCAUGGAAAUAGAGAGAAAAAAGAAAGGUGUCCCUGGUUGCAUUAAGUGGUCAAAUAAACCAGAUUUAAACGGUUACACAAAUGGCACACAAGCAAACACAGUUUAUAUUAAUAUAUUCUCACAAAAUGACGGCAGACAGAGAAUAGUCCAGUGCGUAAAUCUUUUAGCCAAAGAUAGAUUAAAAAGUAGAAGAUGUUCCGAGGAAUACACGGCACAGGAGUUUAAUGAUGCUCUAAUACAAUUGUACCCCAAUAUACCAGACCCUGAGUUGGUCCUAUACACAGGGCCUAUGUGUUGUACAUAUGGUCUUUUGCCCUGGCACAUAAGACUUACAGAAUUUAUCCAGUUGUCUGUCAACCAUAAUGUUAACAUCAACAGUUAUUUAGGUGCUCUGUAUAAAUACAAUAAAUGUGAUCAAAGAUUUGGCAAAUAAUUAAAGGAAUUGUUAGUUAUAAGACAUUAAUUAUGUACAUUUGUGAAAAGGUUGUAUCUGUGCAUUGUUUAAAACUUUACUCAUAUAUAUAUAGUGAAUGCAAAAAGUAAUCUUUUGGAAUUGUUUGUGUAAACUAUUGGACUGAUUUUAGAAUUCCAAUUUUUAUAGCCCCAGGGUAACUAAUUUCUAAAGAAAUGUUUCUAUUAUGAGAUUCAUGUUUCAUUCACUGAUUACCUUUUAGAAAUGCAUGGUUACUAUAGUCGGAUGCAUAACUUAUGACGCAUUGAGAAUUAGCUGCAAGUGUGUCAGUGCAGGUCAUACAUAAAGGAUGUGGAUGCAUAGCCGCUACGCCCUUAGGUUACCGCUGAUACCUAAAAUAUUGUACUGUGCAGCUUAAAGUACGAUGUUCCGAAAUGUCAUAAAGUUUGCAUGCAUAAUACUUAUUAUACAGUCAUGAUGAUAAUAUUACCAAUUUUUUUUUAAAUUUUUAACAAAAAGCUUUCAAUGUUGAAAGAUGUUUUACAGAAUAUGAAUAAUAUAAUUUAUUAUCACAGUACAAUUUGUCACUGUAGUUACUAUUAUUUAUUGAAUGAUGUAAAUUGUAGAUAAUAUAUUUGUACAAAUAUGGAAUAUAAGUUAUAUGCUUAAUAA